AUGCAUCAACGCAUCGUGCGCCAGCUCGGAGCUGCAGCCGUGCUUUUCGCCGGCCUAGGUCUCGCCGAGCAGUACACACCGAAACACGAAGCCGGACGAUGCGCUUUCCGCGGCCAUUGUGGCAAGCAGAGCUUCUUUGGAAAAGACCUUCCAUGCGUCGAUAACGGUCUGGCUGAGGAUCCCGACGAGGAGUUUCGAAAUGAACUCGUCGAGCUUUGUGGCGAGAAGUGGAGGACAGGACCUGUCUGCUGUAAUCUGGACCAAGUAAGAUCACUCAAGUCCGAGCUCGGAACUCCAAGCACGCUUAUCGGCUCAUGCCCUGCGUGUAAAGACAACUUCUUCAACCUGUUUUGUACCUUCACGUGCUCUCCUGACCAGUCUCUCUUCAUCAAUGUGACCAACUCCGCCGAAAAGAACGGCAAGCAGCUCGUAACAGAGCUCGACCAGCUUGUAUCUAAGAAAUACGGUACCGGUUUCUACGACAGUUGUAAGGAGGUCAAGUUUGGCGGCGCAAACAGCAAAGCCAUGGAUCUGAUCGGUGGUGGUGCUAAGAACUAUACCGAGAUGCUCAAGUUCCUUGGAGACAAGAAACCCUUCGUCGGCUCACCCUUCCAGAUCAACUUCCCGACCGAAUACAGUGACGACGACCUCCAUCCCCUGGACAUGAAGCCAAAGCACUGCAACGAUGAGGACCCCGAUUAUCGUUGCGUUUGUGUUGACUGCCCCGGUGUGUGCCCAAAGCUUCCAGAUGUGAAGGACUCCAAGUCUUGUCGAGUCGGGCUUUUACCCUGCCUCUCGUUCGCAUCUGUCUUUGUUUACAGUGUUCUUCUAUGCGUGCUGAUCCUGGCUGUCGGGGGGCACGUUGCCUGGAAGAAGUAUUCCCAGCACCGCGUCGAAAGAACAAGACUGCUUCACGAAUCCUCGCAUAGCGAUGACGAAGACGAGGGUGGCCCAGUCGACACAGAGGCUAUGCGCGAGCGUCCGACUAAGAGAUAUUGGAUCAACGACCGAUGUGACAGGGCCUUUUACAAACUCGGUCAUGUGGCAGCGCGUUUCCCUGGCUGGUGUAUUGGACUCAGCGUACUCUUCGUCGGAAUCUUGUGUAUUGGUCUCUUCCGCUUCGAUCUCGAGAAGGAACCUGCCCGCCUGUGGGUUAGCCCGUCUUCAGCUGCUGCAAAGGAGAAAGCUUACUUCGACCACAAUUUUGGGCCAUUCUACCGCGCUGAGAAGAUCUUUCUUGCUAAUGAUACCAACCCAUCUGGUCCUGGCCCUGUGCUCAGUUACGAUACGCUGAAGUGGUGGAUCGAAGUUGAAGAGAGUGUCAAGAAGCUCGAAAGCCCUGUCUAUGGCAAAUACUUCCACGAUCUUUGUUUCAAACCCUCCAACGACGCUUGCGUUGUCCAGUCGGUCUCGGCCUACUGGCACUCGAAGGGUGGGCUUGACCCAAAGACCUGGAAAGAGGAGCUCCGUGCAUGCGCCAAAAGUCCCGUGGAUUGUCGACCUGACUUUGGUCAGCCCCUCGAGCCUAACAUGAUCUUUGGUGGUUAUGAUGAUGAUGUCGUGGACGCUCAAGCCAUAACUGUGACAUGGGUUGUUAACAAUGCCCAAGAGGGCACCGAUGCUAUCGCGAGGGCCGUCGACUGGGAGAAUUCUCUUCGCGACCGAAUGCUCGAGGUUCAAGAAGAGGCCAAACAGCGCGGUCUUCGUCUGUCCUUCAAUACUGAAAUCAGUCUGGAGCAAGAACUCAACAAAUCGACGAACACAGACGCCAAAAUUAUUGUCAUUAGUUACAUUGUUAUGUUUGUUUACGCCUGCAUGGCACUGGGAACCCCCCUCAAGCACAUAUUCCGCAACCCUGCUGUACUCUUAGUCGAGUCCAAGGUAUCGCUUGGUCUUGCGGGUAUCCUCAUUGUUCUCAUGUCGAUUGCCGCUUCCAUCGGUUUCUUCUCAUGGGUUGGCUUGAAGGCUACGCUCAUUAUUGUCGAAGUCAUCCCCUUUAUUGUCUUGGCUGUUGGCGUGGACAACAUCUUCUUGAUUGUUCACGAGCUCGAGAGGGUCAAUGUUAGCUUCCCAGAUCAGAUGGUCGAGGAACGAGUCGCCCGGGCGCUUGGCCGUAUGGGACCUUCAAUUCUCUUCUCUGCUCUUACGGAGACCGUCGCUUUUGCUCUUGGCACAGCUGUCGGUAUGCCAGCAGUCAGGAACUUUGCCGCCUAUGCCGCUGGUGCCGUUUUGGUUAACGCAGUGCUUCAAAUGACUAUGUUUGUCUCUGUCCUUGCUCUUAACCAGAUGCGGGUUGAAGACCAUCGUUGUGAACUGUGGCCCUGGUGGCAGAUCACUAAGGCAAGAAUCCACCUCAGCGGAACUAACGGGUUUGCUCAGGGUGCCGGCCGCGGCUCGGACAUGGCUGAGGAGAGCUUGCUGCAAGUCUUUAUCAAGAACACAUAUGCGCCUCGCCUUCUUGGAAAGAAGGUCAAGGUUGCUGUUGUCGCAGUAUUCCUCGGAAUGUUUGCUGGUGGAUUGGCGCUUCUACCCAAGAUUGAACUUGGCCUGGACCAGCGCGUUGCCAUCCCUGAUGGGUCCUAUCUGAUCCCCUAUUUCGAUGAUCUAUACAAGUAUCUGGAGACCGGACCUCCAGUGUACUUUGUGACUCGCGAAGUUGAUGUCUCUAAGCGGAAGCAUCAGCAACAGAUUUGUUCGAGAUUCACGACUUGCCAGGACCUUUCACUCACCAACACACUGGAGCUCGAGCGACAGAGAUCAGAUAUUUCUUACAUCUCUUCGCCAGCUGCGAGCUGGAUCGACGACUUUUUCCUGUGGUUGAAUCCCAUAUUUGAGCAGUGCUGUGUGGAAGGUGGCCAGACCUGCUUCGCCGAUCGCAAGCCAGCCUGGAACACCACGCUUUACGGCAUGCCCGAGGAUGAAGAAUUUAUCCAUUAUCUCAAGAAGUUCCUUUCAAGCCCCACUGGCGACGAUUGCCCUCUUGCUGGUCAGGCUGCCUAUGGCCAAGCUGUCAUCCUCGACGCUGAAAGCACCCAUGUUAAGUCAACACACUUCAGGACUAUGCAUACGCCCUUGAGAAGCCAGGAAGAUUUUAUCGCUGCAUACUCUGCAGCACGCCGUAUCGCUUCCGAUAUUAGUGAAAGAACUGGCGCGGAUGUUUUCCCGUACAGCGUCUUUUAUAUCUUCUUUGACCAAUACCUCAGUAUUGUUCCGCUGACAGCUGCGCUGCUAUCUGCUGCUGUUGGCAUUAUCUUCGUCGUUGCGUCCGUACUUUUGGGUUCGUUACUCACCGCUCUUGUGGUGUCUGUCACUGUUGUGAUGAGUGUUGUAGACAUCAUGGGUAGCAUGGCCUUGUUCGGUGUCUCUUUGAACGCCGUUUCCCUGGUCAACCUCAUCAUUUGCGUCGGUAUCUCUGUUGAGUUCUGCGCUCACAUUGCUAGAGCGUUUAUGUACCCCUCACGCACGGUGAUGGAGGGCAACAGUAAUGCUUUCCGUGGUCGUGAUGCCCGAGCUUGGACUGCUCUUGUCAACGUCGGCGGAUCUGUCUUUUCUGGUAUCACUGUCACCAAGCUUCUUGGAGUUUCUGUGCUCGCCUUUACGCGAUCCAAGAUUUUUGAGAUCUACUACUUCCGAGUUUGGCUGUCCCUUGUCAUCUUCGCUGCCCUCCAUGCCCUGGUCUUCCUGCCUGUUGCUCUAAGCAUUGCAGGAGGCCAAGGCUAUGUCGACCCAGAGAGCGAAGGCACCGCCGCCCAAGACUUGACUGACAGGAGAUGGCGAGCCAUUAGGAUUAAUGACAACAGUGACUCGGAGGAUGAGUUUUAG